GUAGCACGGGUUACUUCCUAGUAAAAGCUUUAAAGCACUCCGGCAAUCAAAUCAAAUUACAUUACACACCAUUUCUCUUCAGAAGUAACCAGGAAGGAAAAGGGAAAAAAGAUGUCUUACUUACUCCCUCACUUGCACUCUGGUUGGGCUGUGGAUCAAGCCAUCCUUGCUGAGGAGGAACGACUUGUUGUUAUUAGAUUCGGUCAUGACUGGGAUGAGACUUGCAUGCAGAUGGAUGAGGUAUUGUCUUCAGUUGCUGAGACAAUAAAGAAUUUUGCUGUGAUCUAUCUAGUCGACAUCACUGAAGUGCCUGAUUUCAACACCAUGUAUGAGCUUUACGACCCUUCGACAGUCAUGUUCUUUUUCCGUAACAAACACAUUAUGAUUGAUUUGGGAACCGGAAACAACAACAAGAUCAACUGGGCACUCAAGGACAAGCAGGAGUUCAUUGACAUCAUUGAGACUGUUUAUCGUGGGGCCAGGAAAGGUCGAGGUCUGGUGAUUGCACCUAAAGACUACUCCACAAAGUACCGUUACUAGAAGUCUAGAACCUGCUAUUUCAACUGCACAAGGCUAAGUCUUUGACUUUGCAAGACUUCUAUAAACUGAACCUCAGAGGUUACAAUUGAGACAUCUAUAAUUCUGUAAUUUAAUUCGAAAACUCUCAAGAAUUCGAAGAGAUAGAUGUGUACUUUCAUGCAUGUCAUGAAGAAUAUUAUAGACUCGAACUUCAGCUACUGUUCAU